CUCUUUGAAUUCGUGUCGUCUGCUAGUAGAAUUGCCUUGUGUCUGCUUUCAUUUUCGUUCUGUGGUGGAGCUGUACAGCUGAUAUUUGUUGCUACUUGUAUUUGCAUCUCGAUUAACUAACUGAGUCUCUUCCUGAAUACAGACAAAACACAACAGGCAAAAACAUAAAGAUUUGCCGUGAGGUAAGAUGGUUUUUAGCUUUUUUGGAGAUUCUCAGCUAGAGAACGCCACACCGCAAGUGUUCGAUACUGUUAAAGAAAGACCCGUUACUGCUGCCGAGCUGGACGAUAACGUUGAAGACCCCAUCGACGCCCGUGAGGUGUUCGACCUGAUCCGAGACAUCAAUGACCCUGAGCACCCUCUGACGUUGGAACAGUUGAAGGUCGUGGCCGAGGAGUUAAUAAAGGUCAGCUCACAGACCAAGACCGUGCAGGUUAACUUCACGCCGACUAUACCGCACUGCUCAAUGGCCACGCUGAUUGGGCUGUGCAUUCGGGUGAAGCUAUUGCGCACACUUCCUCGAGAAUAUAAGAUUGACCUUUCGAUUACCCCAGGCAAGCAUGACCAAGAGAAGGCCAUUAAUAAACAGCUUCAGGAUAAGGAGCGCGUAGCCGCUGCCCUGGAGAAUCCCAACCUGCUUUCCGUUGUUAACAAAUGUAUUUCGGAACUCAACUACUAGAGCAUUUCAUGCGGCAAAGGUCUAUUGACGGUCACCAUAACGUCUGAAGUAGUGUCAUUAACUAGAGGCAAAAUAAGGUUUCUUCUUGAAUCGGCUCGUUGAACAUCUACUGGUGAUGGAGUGAAUCUUUGUAACUCGAUUGAAAACAAAGUCUGGGUCCAAGUUACAAGUGUUAUUAAUUCAAACGCGUACGUGCGAAAGCCUUUUGUCAUUGGACUAAACAGGUAGUUCAUUUGUUUUAUUUUGUAUAUCAUGCAAAUGUUAAUUCAAGAGAAGGCUUUAAAAAAGGCAUGAAAUUCAAGAAAUGUUGAGUGGGACCUUUCUCUGUAAAAUAGGCUCGUCCCCGCCAAACGGAUGCAUCAAGAUCGGUGUCAGUGCUAUCAGGAAUUUCUGUUACUCUAUGUGAUUAUGUUAGUUUGUCGACUGUCCCUUAGUAGAUAUGACUAAAGUAUAAUAUAAGUAAUUUUAGAGACGAAUAGUUUAUUAUGUAUAAUUAAUAGUACGUGUUUGUCUUUCUCAGUAGGGUCGUGUGGUGUAUCUUAUGCGCUACUUCUAAACUUGAGUUUCAGCAUUUUAGAAUUUGGCUUCUAUUUUAAAGGAACUGCUCAAUUUCAGAACGAGGACUAGCCUUUUUAAUAGACAGCACAAUAAAGCAGACAAAUUAUUGGGCAUAAAUGCAGGGUAUCGUACGUUAGUGUUAGGUGUCAAUGUUUGUACACACUGUUGUUGUACACGCGCAGUAAACAUUAACAAAAAGUCGUCAGUUAUCAAACAAAGACAAGAUAUCGUA